GUACCAGCAACCGAAUGAAAGGUUUUAGCCUCGUAAUCUGUCAGUUCGCAAUGUUCUAUAGUCCCGCCACGACAGCCUACUAAUAGAUCAUUUUUUUCGUGAUUUAAAUUUUAGAAGAUUUUCGCAAAAUGCGUUUCCACGCUUUCGUCUUGUUAUUUGUGGUAUCACUAGUUAUUGAGAUCCAAUCCUAUAAAAUAUUGAGCAUAUCCCCCACAAUGUCUCGUUCACAUCAUCUGAUUGCAUGUAGCCUAAUGAAGGGACUAGCUGAGAAAGGACAUGAUGUAACCAUGAUUGCCCCAUUUCCAUUGGAUGCACCCCAUAGAAAUAUUCGAGAGAAUUCAAGUGUCGAAAGUACUAACAGAAGGGAGAGAAAUUGUUGGCGACUUGUUGAAAAUUACCAAUCAAUGGGUAUUCGAAAGUUUUUCGUUCGCACUCAAAAUCGCUAACGUAAUAACGAACCUAACCCUUCGGGAGGAGAAUGUUGUAAAACUACUGCAAUCGAACGAAACUUUCGACGUAGUUGUUUUGGAAGGGUUUGCUUCAGAAUCAUUAUUUGGAAUCGCUAAUCAUUUCAACGCUUCGGUUGUAAU